CUUAACACUUUUGUCUUCAGUGGCGUCUCCGCCGCCAGAGAGGUAAACGUCGGCUUCUGCACGUCCACGGCAGGUCAAAGCGAUGACGAUCGGUGCGAUUCCUGCGCUGAUCUUGGCGUUGACGACGCUGAGCGCCGCCGACGGCUCCCGAUCUCGUCGUCGCGAGCCCGAAGUUUCCAGAAGCGUCCGCGUGACGGAAAACGCUCCCUCGCUGUCGGCGACGUCGCAGCCGUCCCGCGUGCUGUCGCGGCGCGGCGCCGACGCCGCCUUGCCGUGCGCCGUCCACAGGGACCGAUCGCCGGCGCUCACCCCGAAGAUGAGGAUCAAGUGGACCAAGCUGACAUCCGACUUCCUGACGGAGGUGGACGUCCUGGCCGCCGUGGGUUCCCGCGAGAGGAGCUACGGCCGCUUCCGCGGCCGCGUCAGGCUGCGAGGCUCCUCCCCCCGGGACGCGUCGCUGCUCAUCCGUGACGUCGCGCUGGACGAUUACGGGAGAUACAAGUGCGAGGUCGUCGACGGCCUGGAGGACGCCGCGGCGCUGGUGUCGCUGGACCUGGAAGGUGAGCCGUUCCCUAACUCGGGCCGAAAUGACGGAAACGUUGGCAGUUAUUUGGGGGAUCCCUGGAAACGGCUCAAACCAGCCCCGAUUGGCCGCUUCAAAGCAAAAACGUUUCAGGUCAGGGGCGGCUUCGGGUCAGCGUUUUUUUCCGUAUCGAAACGAAUCUCCGGGCCCGUCCCAGGCGUGGUGUUCCCGUACUUUCCCCGCACGGGUCGCUACAAGCUCACGUUCCGAGACGCCGAGCGGGCCUGCCGGGAGCAGGACGGCGCCGUGGCGUCGCCGGAGCAGCUGCGGCGGGCCUGGCGAGGGGGCCUGAACUGGUGCAACGCCGGCUGGCUGAGCGACGGCUCCGUGCGCUACCCCGUGACCUCCCCCAGGGAGCCCUGCGGCGGCGGGAAGGCGCCGCCGGGCGUGCGGAGCUACGGGCCGGGGGACAAAGACAAGGACCGCUACGACGUCUUCUGCUUCACGUCGCACUUCAAAGGUGAAUUCUACUUCCUGCCGCACGCGGCCAAGCUGACGUUCGCCGAGGCGGCGGCGGCGUGCGAGCGGGACGGCGCCCGCCUGGCCAAGGUGGGCCAAAUGUACGCCGCCUGGAAGCUGGCAGGCUACGACCGCUGCGACGCCGGCUGGCUCCACGACGCCAGCGUCCGCUACCCUAUCGCCAGGCCCCGCCCCCGGUGCGGCCCCGACGGUCCGGUCGUCGGCUUCGUCGGCUUCCCCGACGAGGAGCGCCAGCGCUUCGGCGUCUACUGCUUCAGGGGGGGGCACUGAGGAACGCACCCGCGAGCAGAAAAACGCACAAACGCAGAUCGCUUCUGCCUGACGCCGCCCCCCCCCCCCCCACCCACCCGAAAAACGUUUUUCUUGUUGUUAUUUUGGGUUGUCAUCACGCAGCCAAUCAGUGAGAAGAAAUGUCAAAGGUCAAAGUUUCUGGUGAAUAAAAACGCAAGCGGGACAGAAUCGGGCCUCAUCCUGACCUAAGAUAAGUUCCGGUAAAAUACGACAAGAUUGGUCACGCUCGCAAAAAUGGAGGCGUCAGAGCCCGCCGGGGGCGAAGCAAACGGGAGCGGUCGCCAGUCCCGAUAGCCGCGGGAUGAGCGGGACGGCAUCCUUUUCCAAUUCGGCCUUUUUUGCCUGUU